UUCAGGAGAGGCGGGGUGGCGAAUUCUUCCACGAUCUUAAGCUGGGAGCGUGUGGGGCCAGGAUGGGAAUGGGUUUGGUUUGAUGCUGAAUGGGGCUUGAUCGGGGAUCCGCAACAGAAAUCAUUCAUAUACGGAUCUGCUGUGGCUGGAGAAGGGCCUGCAAGGGAGCCGGGAGGGUCGCGUCGACUUUUCCUUUUGGCCUCCGUUGAGGUUUCCAGCUGGUGGGAUCAUGCGGCAGCACCAAGGCUAUAUUGGGCUACUUGCUCCAUUAUGUAUCCUGUUCCUUUUCCUCCUGUUUACACUCACUGCCUCUUACAAACCCAUCAUCGUGGUCCAUGGCCUGUUUGACAGCCCUUCCGACUUCCGGCAGCUGUUGGUCUUCAUCAAUGAGACCCACCCAGGUACCAACGUCACAGUCAUUGAUCUGUUUGACCACACUGAGAGCCUGAAGCCUCUUUGGAUGCAAGUGGAAGGUUUCCGGCAAGCCAUUUACCCCAUCAUGCAGAAUGCUGUCGAUGGAGUUCAUCUCAUCUGCUACUCCCAAGGAGGACUCAUCUGCCGCGCUCUCCUCUCCACGACGCCCGACCACAACGUGGACACCUUCAUCUCUCUCUCUUCCCCACAGAUGGGGCAAUAUGGGGACACCAAGUACUUGAAGUGGCUCUUCCCGGAGCACAUGAAAUCCAACCUGUACCGUUUAUGCUACACGCAGCUGGGCCAGGAUUUCUCAAUCUGUAACUACUGGAAUGAUCCACACCAUCGGGAUCUUUACCUCAACAACAGCAACUUCCUGGCUCUGUUGAACGACGAGAGGCUCCAUCCCAACGCAACAGCCUGGAAGAGAAACUUCCUGCGGAUCCGAAAGAUGGUUCUGAUUGGGGGUCCAGAUGAUGGUGUAAUCACGCCAUGGCAGUCCAGUCUGUUUGCCUUCUAUGAUGAUAACGAGAAUGUGAGAAAUAUGACAUCACAGCCGGUCUACCUGCUGGAUACCUUUGGCUUGAAGACUCUGGACGCUCGAGGCGACAUCGUUUUUUACAAAAUGCCAGGCGUCACCCACACAAACUGGCAUUCCAACCUCACAGUUUAUGACACUUGCAUUGCCAAAUGGUUGACGUAGCUGGCGGGGACUUGAGGAGAAGCUGGCAGAGGAGGAGAGUGUCCUAAACCGAGAUGCGCUGUGGUACCUCAUCUUGGCAUUUCUUCCCAACCGAGAAGAAACCCCGCUUCUGUUACCUAUAGCUUUUUUGUUUCGUUUUUAUUUUUAGGAUGGUUGAUAUUUUCUUUCAUAGUGGAAGAAACCUUUUUUUCCUGCAGGACCUUUUGGUGAAGACUGGGAGCGGUUUGGGGGGUUCCGGGGGCUGCAGGGUAGGAAAUGAUCGUGCCAUUUUUUAAUUUUUGGCAGCUCUGAAAGCUGCAGGAAAAACAGCGAAAGGACAAUUCAGCAGGAUCAAAUACUUGAGAAGAAUUGGGGGAGGGGAAGGGGGAUUUAGGUGCUGAAUUUGGCAAAGAGACUGAAAACAGGAAAUGUAUUACGUUUAAAUGCAAUGUUCCUAUUUCAUAUUUCCCAGUUUCCGAACCUCUUGCAGAAAUCUAUGCCUUGUGGAAGCUGGCCAUAUUUCUCUUUGAAAUUCUAACACUGAAAAGGUUGGAUUUAGAAAAUGCCUUUUCAAUUGGACUUUUAAAAAAGACAUCACAUUCUUUCUGGCAAAAAUCUGAAUACUGUUUCUAAUGGAGACUAAACUUCCAGAAAGAUGACAGAAACUAAUUGUGGUAAAGUUUCAAUAAGCUAACAUUAUUUUGCAGAGAUAAGUUGAGAUUUCUGCUCAAAUUUCUGCUUUGACAUUUCAACAGAGAAGAUGGGUCAGUUUGUAGUAUUUUACCAAAACUCCAGUUCCCUGGCAUUUUCAAAUUUUAACCAUGUAGGCGUCACCACAAAAUCAUCUAAUGGUUCAGGCUUGCAAUUUUUUCAGUAAUUUGCUUCAGUCUCUUUGUUUGCACCACAAUGUUGGAAGGGGCUUCAGAGCUUAGUCCUCCAAUCAUAGAUCAAGACAAAUAUUUUAAAUUAUUGACUAAAUGGAAAGGCAAUAUGUAUUUAUUAGAAAUGUGUAUAUUUCCCCUUCUCCUUUAGAAGCACAUUCUCAGAAACUCAGGUUAGCAACAAAAAUCAGUGUAGACAGAAACUUUGUCGUUUGCUCUGUUGUCUAUAUUUUUUAAAAAAUGAUAUGUGCUUAAACCACCCAGUGACAGCUGUUAAGAGGCAGCUGCUGGCUGAUUUUGGGGGAGCAUCUGCUAAAGUACCCUCAUCUCUUGGAGGGA